AUGAGGACAAUCUCUGAUCUUCCGGUGGCUUUGGUAGAAGAGAUACUCUCUAGGGUUCCAUUAACAUCUCUGAGUGCCGUGCGAUCUACUUGUAAAACGUGGAACGCUUUAUCAAAAACUCAGAUUUUUGGCAAAACGAGGCAGCAGUUUCUAGGGUUCAUGAUGAUAGAUUUUGGGCUUUAUUCAAUAAAGUUCGAUCUCCAAGGACUCAAUUACGAAAGCGACUUCGUUGAACCAUCUAUAAAGCGAGUAAGUAUACUUGACCAACUCGAUAUAUUUAAAGUCUUUCAUUGCGAAGGCUUGUUGUUAUGCGUCUUCAGAGGUAACCGAUGGCCUGUAGUGUGGAACCCUUAUCUGGGGGGAACAGGGUGGAUUCAACCCAUAAGCGAUUUCCACAAAUAUCAAGUAUCAGACAAGUUUGCUUUCGGAUACGAGAACAAGAACCACUUUUUUGGAUUUUAUGAUAUCUACGAUCUUAACUCUAGUGCAUGGAAGGUUCUUGAUGUCAAUCCCGAUUGUGAUAUAAAAUGUGGCGUGUCUUUGAAAGGAAAAACUUACUUUUUUGCUAAAGAAAUAGCAAAAGCUCCAAAUGUCAAAGAUUUUUUAGUGUGUUUUGAUUUUACUGCUGAGAGAUUUGGACCGCGCCUUCCUCUGCCGUUUCACUCUUGCGGUUUGUUUUCAGAACAUGUGACUUUAUCUUGUGUAAGAGAUGAGCACUUAGCUGUCUUAUAUCGACGGUACAAUGGAGUAAUGGAGAUAUAUAUUACAACUAAGAUUGAGCCGAAUGAGGUAUUCUGGAGCAAUUUCUUGAAAGUGGAUCUCACUACUUUUCCGGACAGAUUUUAUGGAAGUCGAUCUCACUACUUCUUCAUUGACGAGGAGAAAAAAGUCGCUGUGGUUUUCAAGAAUGAACCUGAAUGGACCAUGGAUUGUUCCUACCAAACAGCUUACAUUAUUGGAAAAGGAGGAUAUCUCAAAUCUGUGAAAUUCGGAGAAACUCCUAAUGACCGGAAACAUAACAACGCAUGGAAUAUUAACUCGUUUAUGUUAUCUUCUUAUGUUCCAAGUUUAGUGCAACUAUAA